CCUGAGUCUGAAAGCCGAGGCGGGAAGAUGGAGGCUGCACCUGUCACCAGGCCCGGUUUCUCCGGAGCGGGAGGACGCUGGGACUGUGACUUUCCCUGAAUCGCCGAGGAGAGUUCGCGAUGAAUCUUCCUCGCUGGAGUGGAAAACGGCGGCGUUCAGCAUCAGGCUCGGACUCCUUCUCGGGAGGCGGCGGUGACGGCGGGGACAGCCCCCUGCUCCCCUCGGGGCCCGUGCUGAGUCCGCCGCCGGGUCUGGGACGCUGCUUGAAGGACCGCGGCCGACCGCAGGCCGCAGCUGCAGGGGAAUGCAAGCAGACAAUUCCUGACGAUCAAAUAGACAAGUUGCUGUUGGCAAACUGGGGACUCCCUGUAGCGGUUCUGGAAAAAUACCACAGUUUUGGUGUAAAAAAGAUGUUUGAAUGGCAGGCAGAGUGCCUUUUGCUUGGACAAGUCCUGGAAGGAAAGAAUUUAGUCUAUUCAGCUCCUACAAGUGCUGGGAAGACUCUUGUUGCUGAAUUACUUAUGUUGAAGCGAGUUUUGGAAAUGCGGAAGAAAGCUUUGUUUAUUUUGCCCUUUGUCUCUGUGGCUAAAGAGAAGAAAUACUAUCUUCAGAGUCUGUUUCAGGAAGUAGGAAUAAAUGUGGACGGUUAUAUGGGCAGUGCCUCUCCAACAGGGCAUUUCUCUUCCUUGGAUAUUGCUGUCUGCACAAUCGAGAGAGCCAAUGGUCUGAUCAAUCGCCUCAUAGAGGAAAAUAAGAUGGAUCUAUUAGGAAUGGUGGUUGUGGAUGAAUUGCAUAUGCUGGGAGACUCUCACCGAGGGUAUCUGCUGGAGCUUUUGCUCACUAAGAUUUGCUAUAUUACUCACAAGUCAGCAUCUUGCCAGGCAAAUUUAGCCAGUUCUUUAUCUAAUGCCGUGCAGAUUGUUGGCAUGAGUGCUACUCUUCCUAAUUUGGAGAUUGUAGCGUCCUGGUUGAAUGCUGAACUCUACCACACCAACUUUCGUCCUGUACCACUGUUAGAGUCAGUAAAAAUUGGAAAUUCUAUAUAUGACUCUUCAAUGAAGCUUGUGAGGGAAUUUCAUCCCAAUCUACAAGUAAAGGGAGAUGAGGACCAUGUUGUUAGUUUAUGUUAUGAGACCAUUUGUGAUAACCAUUCAGUAUUACUUUUCUGUCCAUCAAAGAAAUGGUGUGAGAAGUUGGCAGAUAGCAUUGCCCGUGAGUUUUAUAAUCUACACCAUCAAGCCAAGGGAUUGGUAAGAUCAUCUGAACUUCCGCCAGUGAAACUGGAACAAAAGGGCCUCCUAGAAGUGAUGGAUCAGUUAAAACGUUCGCCUUCAGGCCUGGACUCUAUAUUACAAAAAACUAUACCAUGGGGAGUAGCAUUUCAUCAUGCAGGUCUUACUUUUGAGGAGAGGGAUAUCAUUGAAGGAGCCUUCCGUCAAGGUCAGAUUCGGGUUUUGGCAGCAACUUCUACUCUUUCAUCUGGGGUGAACCUACCAGCACGUCGUGUAAUUAUUCGGACUCCUAUUUUCAGUGGUCAACCUCUAGAUAUUCUUACUUAUAAGCAGAUGGUUGGUCGUGCUGGCAGGAAAGGGGUAGACACAGUAGGUGAGAGUAUCUUAGUUUGUAAGAACUCUGAAAAAUCAAAAGGCAUUGCUCUACUUCAGGGAUCUCUAAAACCUGUUCGUAGCUGUUUGCAAAGACGAGGAGGAGAAGAAGUAACUGCGAGCAUGAUAAGAGCUAUUCUGGAGAUAAUAGUUGGUGGAGUGGCAAGUACAUCACAAGAUAUGCAGACUUAUGCUUCUUGCACAUUUUUGGCUGCAAGUAUGAAAGAAGGGAAGCUGGGAAUUCAGAAGAACCAAGAUUCUUUUCAACUUGGAGCAAUUGAGGCCUGUGUAAUGUGGCUCCUGGAAAACGAAUUCAUCCAAAUUACUGAAGCUAGUGAUGGAACAGAAGGAAAAGUGUAUCAUCCAACACAUCUCGGUUCAGCAACUCUUUCUUCUUCACUUUCUCCAACUGAUACUUUAGAUAUUUUUGCUGACCUCCAAAGGGCAAUGAAGGACUUUGUUUUAGAGAAUGAUCUGCAUAUUGUUUAUCUGGUUACACCUAUGUUUGAGGAGUGGACUACUAUUGAUUGGUAUCAAUUUUUCUGUUUAUGGGAGAAAUUGCCAACUUCUAUGAAACGGGUGGCAGAGCUAGUGGGAGUUGAAGAAGGGUUCUUGGCUCGCUGUGUGAAAGGAAAAGUCAUAGCCAGAACUGAGAGACAGCAACGCCAGAUGGCCAUCCAUAAAAGGUUUUUUACCAGUCUUGUGCUAUUAGAUUUAAUCAGUGAAGUUCCCUUAAAGGAAAUUAACCAGAAAUACGGAUGCAGUCGUGGACAGAUUCAGUCUUUACAACAGUCAGCUGCUGUUUAUGCAGGGAUGAUUACAGUAUUUUCCAACCGCCUGGGCUGGCACAACAUGGAACUACUACUUUCUCAAUUUCAGAAGCGUCUUACAUUUGGCAUCCAGAGGGAGCUGUGUGACCUGGUCCGGGUGUCCUUACUUAAUGCACAGCGAGCCAGGUUCCUCUAUGCUUCUGGCUUUCUUACUGUAGCAGAUCUCGCCAGAGCAAAUAUUGCAGAGGUGGAGACCGUUCUGAAAAAUGCUGCUCCCUUUAAGAGUGCCCGAAAGGCAGUUGAUGAGGAAGAGGAAGCAGUUGAAGAACGUCGGAAUAUGCGAACUAUUUGGGUGACUGGCAGAAAAGGUUUAACUGAAAGGGAAGCAGCAGCCCUUAUUGUGGAAGAAGCCAAAAUGAUUUUGCAGCAGGACUUAGUCGAAAUGGGAGUGCAAUGGAAUCCAUAUUCCCUUUUAAAUUCUGAUACACACUCACUGACCAGCAGUGAGUCAGAAGUAAAGGAACAGAAAUUUAUACGCCAAACUAAAAGAUCUUGUAAAAGAUUAACAGCAAAGCAAAAAAGUAACUCGAUGUUUAGGGAUUCUUCUGCUAAGCGUUCACCAAAUACUGUGCAAGAUUUAGAGAAAAGUGGAGAGCGUACAAAUUCCUUUUAUGAUAAGUUACAGAAUGGGAAUCAAGAACGCCAGGCACAUUCCAUUUCCAGAGCAAGAAAACGGGCUUCUUUGAAUAUAAGUAAAGAAAAGCUAAGAACCUCUCUGAAUGAGGGAAGAACAUGCACUAAGAAAGUUGUUCAGACUCUCUUAUUUGAGAAAACAAAAAAAGAAGCUCUGAGUUUCAGUUCAGGAAAGAUGAGUACUGCCUCUGGAUCUUGGAAACAUAGUAAACGUGUAAAACAAUCUAGACACAGUAGCCCUGUGAAAGACACUGGGAUGUAUAGAAUUGAUUUACAGGAACAGACUAUAUCUAAUCCUGUUUAUUGUGGAGACUCAUUUACCUUAGAUGAGAAGAAUGUGGAAUUUAGAAGUCCCGAGCCUUUUGCUAAAAAUGUAUCUUCCUUUGCUGAGGGAAAAUAUAGCAAAGCAUCAUUCUCAUCACAAAGAGAACGAAGUUCAAACAGAACAAAAACUAAUGAUAUUCUUGUGGAACAUUUUAUCACACAAUCCCAGAGUAAAAAAGUGACUUGUCAACCUACUAGUAUGGUUAGUGAAAAUGGAAGAGGAUUUGCCGUUGUUGAGUUAGAAAAAAUAAACACAGUCCUGAUGGUACAAAAUGAUUCAAAAAACCAGGAUGUUUAUGUAAAACCCGACACCCACUCAAUUAACCAGUGCCGAGAAAAACAGUCUGAUAAACAGACAAACACUUACACCAAACAGAAAAAAAUAGUAGAUAGACAAAUGCCCUGUGAGACAGGCAGUAGUUAUAUGAAUAGAGACUCAAAUGUUAUUAUCAAGUGUGGAAGUAUGAAGUUUAAUGGUGAGGAAAAUAAAUCAAAUAACUUUCAGGUAUCAGGAGAUAAUAUAAGUAGCGCUGAGAUACUCAGAAUACAUCUCCCAACUGGAGAAUCAGGAGGCCAGCAGGAGAAUUUUCUAAAUACCUCUAGAAUACAAGAAAAAACAGAAGCUUAUGCAGCAAACAAAACUAAGAAUAAUUGUGUUUCUGACUUAGGUUCAGUUCCUUGUGAAUUUGAAGAUAGUUUCUACCUGGAUACUCAGUCAGAGGAAAUAAUACAACAGAUAGCAACUGAAAAUGCCAAACAAGGAGCAAAGGAUGCCAACCUGGCAACAGGGACGAUGCAGAAGAGCUUAGACAACCAGAGUUCGGUACGCUCUUUUCAGAAUGAGAUUCAUAUUACUUUUCCUGGUGAACGACAUUCUCCAGGAGUGACAAAUACAGAUCAUUUGGAACUUAAGACUGUAGAUACUAUGAAACAAGGCACUGAUUCACAUGAAGUUGGUAUCCUGACUCCAGAAAGCUCAAUUUUUCAUUCCCCAAUACUCUUGAGGGAAAAUGGCCCUUGUCUUAAAGGGAAUGAACUUUCUGUCACCGACUCUCAAUUAAAUAGUUUUCUUCAAGGUUAUCAAACACAAGAAGCUAUGAAGCCAGUUAUACCUCUGGUUCCUCAAAAGAGAACUACCACUGGUAUAGAAGCAGAAUGUUUGCCAGUUCCUGAAACAAGUUUGAAUUUGAGUGAUAGUUUACUAUUUGACAGUUUCAGUGAAGACUACCUAGUAAAAGAACAACCACCUGAUAUACAAGCGAAAGAACCCCUCUCUUCUGCACUAACAUCAAACCAUUUCAGUCAUUCUAUGUGUCUGCAACCAGAGGACCCAAUUAGAAAAUCAAAUACAAAUGAGAAUCAAGAUAAUCAGCAACAGUUCUCUUGUUUCAGUGAUGAGUCUAUUAUAUUUUCAGAAAUGGAUUCUGCUCAGAUGUUUGAAGCUUUGGACAAUGUAGAAAUAUGUCCUGUCCAAGAGAAACGGAAUACUGCAGUGUCUCUUAGAGAAUUAGAAUUAAGUGAUCCAGUGACUGUAGGUAAUGAUUAUCCACAAAAAGAAGUAAUUGGAGGAGAUAAAGAUGAAAGGUCUCAAAAACCCAAAUUAACUGAGACAAGGGAAAAUAAUUCAUUGAUAUGGUCAGGGGCAUCAUUUGAUUUAAGUCCAGGACUGCAGAGAAUUUUAGACAAAGUGUCCAGUCCUCUAGAAAAUGAAAAGCAAAAAUUAACCACUACAAACUUGUCUAGUUUGAAAGGAAAAAAUACAGAGGUAAAUGACAAACAAAAAGUGAUUUCAAAUGUGGAGCCAAAUCAAGUUCAGGGAAUCUCAUUUUCCCCUAGUAUUGAAGUAGAAAGUAAGAUUGGGGCGCUGGAGACCAAUGGCCUUCAGGCUGAAACCUCAUCUCACUUGCCUUGUAAAGAGAAUUGUAUAGUUGAUGAUAAUGGACUCAUUCCUCCUACACCUAUUCCAGCAUCUGCUGCUAAGCUGAUAUUUCCAAGUAUUCGUGGAACAUCUUCUGUAAAACUUCGGAAAACACAUAGUGUUUUACAGCUUGGUGAAAGUUACUCAUUUGGCUCAUCUUCAAAUAUUAAAAACCAAGAUUUAACUUCAGAGAGUAGAAACGGUUUAAAAGAGGACAGUCCUAUUAGAGACACAAGUUUUUCACUGCAGUUAUCACAGGAUGGAUCGCAGUUAACUCCAGCCUCGUUCAGCCCAGGAAGUUUGGCCAUAAUUGAUGUAGCAAGUGACCAAACUCUCUUUCGGACAUUCAUUAAGGAGUGGCAGUGCAAAAAGCGAUUUUCCAUCUCACUGGCUUGUGAAAAGAUCAGUAAUUUGACAUCCUCUAAAAGUGCUGCUAUUGGUGGUAGGUUUAAGCAAGCUAGCUCACCUCAGAAAACCGCUAUUAGAGAUGAUGGCGUUCCUGUUAAAGGUUGUGAUGACAUCCUGGUGGUUGGUCUGGCAGUAUGCUGGGGUGGAAGAGAUGCCUAUUAUUUUUCAUUGCAGAAGGAACAAAAGCAUCCUGAAAUUAGUUCCAGUUUGGUCCCACCUUCUCUGGAUCCAAGCCUGACUGUGAAAGACAGAAUGUGGUAUCUUCUAUCCUGCUUUCAAGAGGAAUCUGAUAAAGAACGUUCUAUUAUCAUCUAUGACUUCAUCCAGAGCUAUAAAAUUCUUCUUCUGUCUUGUGGGAUCUCCCUGGAACAAAGUUAUGAAGAUCCUAAGGUGGCGUGCUGGUUACUAGAUCCAGAUUCUAAGGAGCCAACUCUUCACAGCAUAGUUUCCAGUUUUCUUCCUCAUGAGCUUCCCCUCCUGGAAGGGAUAGAGACUGGACAAGGAAUUCAGAGUCUGGGGCUGAAUGUCAACACUGAACAUUCCGGGCGAUACAGAGCAUCUGUAGAGUCGAUUCUCACCUUCAACGCUAUGAGUCAACUCAGUUCUUUGUUGAAGAAGGAAAACCUUCAAGAUGUUUUCUGUAAAGUGGAAAUGCCCUCUCAGUAUUGCUUGGCCUUGCUAGAGCUAAAUGGAAUUGGCUUUAGUACUGCAGAAUGUGAAAGUCAGAAACACAUAAUGCAAGCCAAGCUGGAUGCAAUCGAGAUCCAGGCCUAUCAACUAGCAGGACACAGUUUUUCCUUCACCAGUUCAGAUGACAUCGCUGAGGUUUUAUUUUUGGAAUUGAAGUUACCACCAAAUGGAGAAAUAAAAAACCAAAGCAGCAAGAAAACUUUGGGUUCUACCAGAAGAGGGAAUGACAAUGGACGCAAGCUAAAGCUGGGAAAACAGUACAGCACUAGUAAGGAUGUUUUAAAUAAAUUAAGGGCAUUGCAUCCUUUACCAGGCUUGAUAUUAGAGUGGAGAAGAAUCACUAAUGCUAUUACCAAAGUGGUCUUUCCUCUGCAGCGGGAAAAGCGUCUGAAUCCUUUUCUUGGAAUGGAAAGAAUCUAUCCUGUAUCACAAUCACACACUGCUACAGGACGAAUAACCUUUACAGAACCAAAUAUUCAGAAUGUGCCAAGAGAUUUUGAGAUCAAAAUGCCAACACUAGUAGGGGAGAGCCCACCUUCCCAAGCCCUAGGCAAACGCCUACUUCCCAUGAGCAGAGGAAGAGGUAAGAAGAGCUGUGGCCUGAACCCUGGACACCAAGCACAGAUGGAGGAGAGAGCCUCAGACAGAGGAAUGCCAUUUUCAGUCAGCAUGCGACAUGCCUUUGUGCCUUUCCCAGGUGGUUUAAUAUUAGCUGCUGAUUACUCUCAACUUGAACUGAGGAUCUUGGCUCAUUUAUCCCACGAUCGUCGCCUCAUUCAAGUAUUAAACACUGGAGCUGAUGUUUUCAGGAGUAUUGCAGCUGAGUGGAAGAUGAUUGAGCCAGAGUCUGUUGGGGAUGAUCUGAGGCAACAAGCAAAGCAGGUGUUCUCUAAAUGUUUAUUGAAAAAAACUGAGCUGUGGAUUAUAAUAAACUGAUAGCUUUUUCGUUUUUUGAGGUCGUUGGUUAGCUAAUCCACAUAUGAAACUUUAUAUUGUCCUUGGACUUUUCAAGUGGGUCCGUAUGAGUUCCUACUCCUGUAUGACUGUCAUGCACAGAGAAAGUGAAAGGCCACAUUUCCACCAUUUCCUGGCCUCCAUUGACACUGAUACUUUUUUUCACCACUUGGCCUAUGGGAAAUCUGAUGCCAUUUUUGAGAGAGUAGGCUUGCUGGCUGAGGCAAAGGAACAUCAUUCCCACCUUUAAGAUCCUGCUGUGUUAGUUUUGCCUUUAUACUUCUAGUUACUCAUGGCCGUGAUUCUUGACUGGUUCGUUAGGCAUGAAACCCUUCCUCUCGCCAUUACCUCUUCAGCACCAGCACUUGGUUCUUCCACUCUUUAGAAAACCAGCUUUGCUCUCUCUGUUUAAUAAUCUCUGGGUCCUGCAUUCAGCAAGAAUUGAACCCUGGGUAAAAUAGGUAAUGUUCAAAUAUUUAAUCUUCAUAAUAAACCCAUGAAAUAGGUAUUUUAUAUUCCUAUAUACUCCAUUUUAUAUAGGAGUAAACUGACGCACCAAAAGCUAGUAAUUUGCUUAAGGUCAUACAGCUAUAAGUGGUGGAGCCAGGAUGAGCUCAGAAUGCCAGAACUUAGACAUUCUGACUUUAUAACCUAAGCACUCAUCCACUGAUGAUAUCUGCCUCUAGUUCGUAAGUUCUUGCAUGAUUUAUGUAGUGUUUAUGCUAUACUCAAUCACCAUGCUCUGAACUGUCUGCUCCUUGGGUCUGGCGGAGAUCUCAGCCAGUGCUAUCUACUACCCAAGUUUAAAAAAAAAAAGAAAAGAAAGUGGGAGUCACAGUAAAAUAAAAUGUAGAAAUACCAAAAAGGAAAAGGUAAAAGGAGGGGAAAAAAAUCUUUCUCAAUGUAUUAAAAAAGACAGGGAAAGGAUAAAAACUUCUGGCUGUUUUUAUCACAUUAAAAGUAGCUUGGAACUCUGAUAAUCAUUUUUUGCAAGUUAUCUUUUAAAAUUAUAUUUAAUGAUAUUUAUAUGUGCUUGCUUUAUAUCAGACAGUUUCCUGAACACUUAGAAGAAAUAACUUGGUAAUCUUCACAAUUCCAUGAUGCAGGUAUUACUAUCCUCAUUUAAUGGAUGCAGAAAUUGAGGUACAAGACUUUAGGUAGCUUCUGCAAGAUAAUCCUGGAUAAAUGCUGGAACUAGGAUUUAAACCCAGGCAAUACUUAUUAUUAAAUUACAGUUUCCUACUGACCUAUUUAGACCAUUUCCCUCCACUACUCCCAAAAUUUCCUCAGGAAUUUGUUUAACCCAAUUGAAUUCUGCAAUUGUGGGAUAUCAGGUGGUGGUGAGGUGGAAAGCAUAUUUAUUUCCAAAGAAGUAUUCCCUGUUAUCCAACCACGAAGCCUCCUCUUCCUGCUCUAUCCUAUGCAAGAGCCAGGAGAGGAAUGUUUGUAAUGCUUCUCUUUCCUGACUCCUGGGCACUUUUCUAAGCAGGAGUUAAUGUGGUAGGAGUAGAAAGCUGCUCUGAAGACUACUGGAUACAUGACAAAGAGUCAGAAAUAAAUCUUCCCUUUUAAAUCGCUAGGAUUAGUUUCUUAAAACACACACAUUCACAUUUCUUCAUGUUCUUCCCCUUCCUCCCCCAGCCCCAAAGUAUUGUUAAAAGGCAGAAAAGAGAAAAGAUGUUCACUGGAUAUCAGGUUCUAUGAAUCUAACCUACCAAAAGCAGAUCUAAUCAUUUCUUUGACACACUAUGAAAUAAAAAAUUUACCAAAUUUCAAUCUCCAUCAGCUUUUUAUAUUUACAGUUUAUGUAGUUAUGACCUUUAAUUUACCUACUGAGUGUGAUGACUCC